AUGAAUUCCAUCUUCAGUUCCUUCGAUGCUUUAUCUGCCGAAUUCAUGUGCCAAUCUUUUUCUUUCUUUAACAUAAAGAAUCCUGCUUCCACCAUUCAAGAUGAUCAAAAGAAGGUAACGCAUGAAACCAACAAGAACACAAAUUGUCACCGGAGCAAGAGGGAAUAUUCCGGUGGUCGGUGGGCGCCGGAGUUGGAUGGGCUUCACUGCUUCGAAAAUAUAAUAUCAAAAUUAACUCCGUUAGAUAUCCUAAAGAAAAAAUAUCAAAUCUUAAUGAAAAACGAGAGACUCGAAGCAGUGAAGCCCAUCCAACUCCGGCGCCCAGCGAGCACCGGAAACACUCUUGCUCCGGUGACAGUCGACGUCGGCGUUCUUGGUGGUAUUAUGCGUCACCUUCUUUUGAUCAUCUUGAAUGGUAGAAACAGGAUUCUUGGUGUUAAAGAAACGCAAAGAUUGGCACAUGAAUCCUGCAGAUAA